AUGGAAGUGCCAAACACCAUCACGGAGGUCCCGGCCUCCCUGAAGCGCCUGGCCAAAUAUAUAGUGCGUGGUUUCUAUGGGGUAGAGUACUCCCUGGCCCUGGACGUGCUGAUCCGCUACCCCUGUGUGAAAGAGGAUGACUUGUUAGAGCUGCUCAAGUAUGAACGCAAGCAGCUGCGUGCCAUCCUCAACACACUCAAGGCAGACAAGUUUGUGAAGACACGUGUGCGAGUUGAAACAGGACCUAAUGGGAAGAGCACAAGGCACAACUACUAUUACAUCAAUUACAAAGUGCUGGUGGAUGUGGUGAAGUACAAACUGGAUCACGUACGCCGGAAAAUAGAAGCAGACGAGCGGGAUUCAACUACGAGGUCUUCUUUUAAAUGUCCAUCUUGCUCCAGCACUUACAUGGAUCUGGAAGUCAAUCAGCUCUUUGAUGUAUUUUCAGAGACCUUCCGCUGCACUUACUGCAACACUGAAGUAGAGGAAGAUGCCUCAGCACUUCCCAAGCGCGACGCUCGAACCCUGCUAGCAAAAUUCAAUGAGCAGAUUGAGCCUCUCUUUGUGCUGCUGCGUGAGAUUGAAGAUAUCAUUCUGCCCUAUGACUUGCUGGAGCCUCAGCCAACAGAAAUACCAGAAUUAUCAGAAAGCUUUUAUCAGAAGGUGGGUUCAAGUGUGAUGGCAUCCUGCAGCAGGCCUGAGAAAUGGGCCAACAGAAGCUCCUUUUUUGGCAAUACAUACACCCAGAACUUAGUUAUUGAAGUCCAAGACUCUGAACCCAAGAAGAAAACAAGAGAAAAAGCAACUAAAGAGCAACCUGUCUGGAUGUCACAGAGCACCGUGGAAGAAGCGACAACAGCUGCCACCAGAGUUGGAGUAAAUGCUGCUGAGGAAAAUAAAAGAAGUGUUCAAGAAGCCAUCACUGAUAAUGAAAUCAUCAAGGCUCUUCUGAUCCAUGAAUCCAAGUCAUCAUCUAGCACAGACCAGGCUCCUGUUGUCAAAACCAAACUGCCUGAAUCAGGCAGUGAUACCAGUGAGUCUGAAGAUGAUGCCAAGCACUCAAGAGCAGGAAUGAAGGUAGCAGACAGCAACUUUGAACAAGAGGAGGAAGAGGAAACACGAGGUCCUAUUUUAAUGGUGGCUGGUCAGCCUCACUCAUAUGGUGAAGUUAGUGAAAACCCAGAUCUCGUGUCACUCAUGACAAAAGAGGAGAGGGAAAUUUAUAUAAAAGUAGGGCAAGAAAUAUUUGAGUCUGUCUUUGAAUAA